CGUUUGGAGUACCCAAAGUAGACAUUCAGAAGAGAAUCUAUGUGGAAAAACUUGCAUCAAAUACAAUGAAUGCCAAUGUACCAAGUGAUGCCAACUGCAGACGCAUCAUUUGUGAUGGAGAAUAUGCAACAGUACGCUACGUUGGAAAUGUACCUCCUACACCAGGGCUUUGGCUUGGAGUCGAAUGGGAUAAUCAUUUGAGAGGGAAGCACAAUGGGACUCAUGAGGGAACAAAAUAUUUUACAUGCAGCCAUCCUACAGGAGGAUCUUUUAUUCGACUAAAGAAAGCUAAUUUUGGAGUGGAUUUCUUAGCUGCACUAAGGAAACGUUAUGGAUUAAAAAGUGAACAGAACGAAGAGCUGGUUAUUGGAAAGAAGACAGUUGAACUUGUAGGUUUCGAAUCUAUUCAAGAGGAGCAAAGCAAGCUGAACAAAUUGAAGGAUGUUUCACUAAGGGAAUGUGCUGUCAGCAAUGCAGGUGAGAAAGGACAAAUAUGCCAUUCAUGUCCAAAUAUUAUGACAGCAGACUUAUCAAAAAAUCUAUUUUCAUCUUGGGAGAGUCUAGCCCAUAUUUCUUCUCAACUUGAAAAUCUAACAAGCCUUGAUCUGAGUGAAAACAAACUGAACCCUUCAUCAAAUCCUUCUUCUUUGGCUACCUCAUUUUGCAAUCUGAAGGUCCUCUCUCUUAAUCGAACAGGAAUGAAAUGGAAUGAGAUCUUACAGUGUGCAUCCAUGUGGCCAGCCCUUGAAGAACUGCAUCUUGUUUCAAAUGACAUCAGUCUGUUAGAACAACCAGUUAAUAAUCUUCAGAACCUGACAAUACUGGAUAUUUCUAACAAUAAAAUAGUUGAUGGGAAUCAGCUUCAUACAAUAGCAUUUUUACCAAGGCUCAAGCAAGUUAUUGUCUCAAACAACAUUAUUUCUUCAAUUUCCUUUCCUGAUGUUGAUUUUGGGCACACGGCAAUGUUUAUCUCGCUAACUAGUUUGGCAGUCAAUGGCAAUAAUAUAUCCGAGUGGUGCGUAAUAAAUGAGCUGCACAAAUUACUGCACCUGGAGUCUCUGAACUGCCACGGAAACCCAUUAAUGGAUCUUGAUAAGAAUCCUGAAACUGUCCGGCAGCUUAUCAUUGCAAAGAUAGAAAAUUUGAAGUUUUUAAACAAGACAGAGAUAUUUCCAACGGAACGAAGAGGAGCUGAACUUGACUACAGAAAGAUGUUUGGCAAUGAAUGGCUAAAAGCUGGUGGAAGUCAGAAUGAAGAAUUUAACAAACCUAGCAGAGACUUUCUUCAGGAUCAUCCCAGAUACAGUGCUCUUAUAAAAAAAUAUGGUGCUCCCGAUGAAGGAGAACUGAAACAGCAACAGCCAUUUGCAUUGAAAAACCAGUUGCUAACAUUAACAAUUCAGUGCCCUGAAAAGCCUGACAAAAAACCAAUACAGAAAAAGCUGCCUGACUCAAUGACUGUUCAGAAAGUAAAGGGACUUCUUUAUCGACUGCUCAAAGUGCCAGGAUCAGACUUGAAACUCUCAUAUCAAAGUUCAAAAAUGGAAGGCAAAGAAAUUGAACUGGAAAAUGAUUUAAAACCCUUGCAGUUUUACUCUGUAGAAAAUGGAGACUGCCUACUGGUGAGAUGGUAAAAGAGAAAAAGAGGCGUUUGACUGGCUGGGCAAGAUUUCUGUCAAUGGAAAUGUUUUUACAUCAGUCAGAAUCUGAGUGAACAAAAUCAUGGUCUGAAAGCAGAACAUUUACACUUUCAGUGAAGGUUGUUUCUGUUGUAUUGCAGCCAUUAUUCUAUUUAUUAUAAAGAAACUCAAAGAUCUUAAAGAAUAUCCUUCCAUUUAAAAACUGUGGUUUAAUUGCUGAUUAAAUGUUUGCCUCAA